UUCUGCUAAUUACAACAUCAGAAAGACAGAAGCCAUUGUACUACAUAAAUAAAAGUCAAGUUCGAAUUUAUUCUGAGUCGGCUAAGGAAUGCAGACUAAAUAAGAGAACAAACAACGCAACUGAAAGAAAACAAGCUUGGAAAUUUCGAGCUUUACUAUGCUUCGAGUCUCGCUAGUACUUUUAGUAUUAAGCUCGGUGUUCAUCGGAUGGGUUAACUCGCACGAAGAAUCAGGUGAGUGGAGUUGCGAUUCUGACUCUGAGAUCCGAGUCCAGGCCGAGUUCAAGCCAGGACUUGUCACGCUUGAUGGUCACGCCGAUGAUUGGAAAGACAUUGAUGGCUUCGAAUUCUCUCUUCUACUGGCUCUUGACCCUGACGAUGACCACGAGUACAAAGGUGGAAAAAUGACCGUUAAGGCUUUGCACGACGGUCGUGAUGUCUUCUUUUUGUUGCAAGUUGAUGGGGAGUAUGUGUAUUCUAAAGGCGAAAACACAAAGUGCCCUUCCGUUGCUCUUAUGUUUCAAGUAGGCGAAGAUGCUACCUAUCAUAAUAUGGGUGGGUGUAAAGAGCAUUCCGACUCUUGCACCAACAAGACUUGCAAAGGGCACGAGGUUGACAUUAUGCACUUCUCAAUUGGAAAUGCUAUACCGGGACGACUUUAUGGUGGCAAUCCAAUAGAUAACAGAGAUGGAAAUGGAAAUGACAAGUUUGGUCAUUUGGUCGAUGUUUAUGAUUGGAACCCACACUGUAGAUAUCUUGAUGGAAUUGGCCCUUCAGGAAAUGAUUCUAGUGCUCAGAAUGAUUGGAAAGGAGCGUGGUGGCACAGUAGCUUCAAUGUUCACUCAGGUUUCGUGGAGGAAGACAGCCCAUAUGCAUCGGGUGGUCAAAAGGGCACAUAUUAUUUUGAAUUUUCUAGGCCUUUGAGAACCAUGGAUCGUCUACAACAGGAUGCUCAGCUUACAAUUGGCGGGUUGAGCAAGAUGUCUGUUGCAUUCUGGUAUCCAGUUGAUGGGAACCCAUGGCAUGGAUCUGGACACUAUUCUAUUAAUUGUGAUUGGGUACCCUUGGAUAUUUCUUCGGGCAGCUCUAUGCUAAGAAAGUCAGGCACAGGCAGCUCCGGAGAUACUGCCAGUAUCUUUGCUCUUCUACUCUCAGUAGUCGCAUUAUGUGUUUCUGUUUUUGUGGGUUAUCGUGUGUUUAGACCCCCGAGUCACCACUUUACACCUAUGGAAAACCUUUAAAGCAGUGGUAUAGAUUUUGAAUUGUACUAUUACUUGGAUGUGUACUUUACAGGAUUGUACUUCAAUUCCACUUCGUUUCAUUUUUUAAUAAAGUUCAAUUGUUACUUUA